CUGCUGCUUUUGAGGAACAAGACUGCAGAAAGGAGGGAGGGGGGCGCCCACCUCCCCACGACCCCCCCCCCCAGGCCACAGGACGGGUGCGGGGUGUGAAAGCUUCCUCCUCUGUUUUUAUUUUUAUUACAUAUAUAUAUAUAUAAAGGAAACUGCUUGCUACUGAUUCUCUCUUCCUUUUCCUCUUCCCUCCCUCCUUUUUCUCCCAGAAAGCAGCGGAAGGAGGGAUCUUUGCAGGGUGAAGAUCUCGGCACAAUCUGGAGAGGAUUUCAAGCUUUGGGGGCUGGGAAGUUUUGCCAUUUCGAGAGAUCUUCUUUCUGCCCCUUCUUCCCUUCUCGUUAAACCUCUUUGGCUUCCGAUCCAUAUGUAGGCGUGUUUAAGGCCAGAAGACAUUUACGGCGGCUGAAUCAGAAUUAGCAUUUUUAUUUUAUCAAGGGAGAGGUUUUUUUUGUUUUCCAGGACCUUUCUUUUUAAUGGAACUUUUUUUGUCGAAGUUGUCGUUGUCGCCGACCCUGUUACAGUGAAAAGGAGAGAGGGAGCGCAAAAACCAAACCAAACCCCGAAUACUAAUAAUCGGGCGCUCCCCUCCGCGCUUCCACCCCCAUUUUCAAAAAAUACUUACAUAUAUCUAUAUAGCUACAAAAGCACAUCAUAAAAGGGAGGAAAGACAACGACGGCGAAGAAUGCGAUCCUCCAACUUUGGGAGCGACCCGAGCUGAGGGACCCCCCGAAAAAAGUGGGCGGAGGAGGAAAAAGGAGACGAGCUGCUUUUGGAAAUGUUUGUGGGGUGGUAGCUGUGGGAAACUUGCAGGAUCUCCUGCUCUCUUGCCGGCGUCGAGUCCUGGGAGCGCCCCGAGGGCAGGAUGGCGGCGGAGCUGAGCCCCGAGGAGGAGCAGGCAACCAAGCAAUUCCUUGAAGAGAUUAAUAAGUGGACAGUCCAGUACAAUGUGUCUCCUCUCUCUUGGAAUGUGGCCGUCAAAUUCCUUAUGGCCAGGAAAUUCGAUGUCCUCCGAGCGAUUGAGCUCUUCCAUUCCUACAGGGAAACCAGGUUGAAGGAAGGGAUCGUGAAGCUGAAGCCUCAUGAGGAACCUCUCCGCUCAGAGCUGCUUAGUGGAAAGUUCACCAUCCUGAGCGUACGAGAUCCCACUGGAGCGUCAAUUGCCCUCUUCACUGCCAAGUUGCACCAUCCCAACAAAAGCAUCCAGCAUGUGGUCCUCCAAGCCCUCUUCUACUUGCUGGACAGAGCUGUGGAGAGCUUCGAAACUCAGCGAAAUGGCCUGGUAUUUAUAUAUGACAUGGCAGGCUCCCACUAUACCAACUUUGAGCUGGAUCUCAGCAAGAAAAUCCUGAACCUUCUGAAGGGAGCCUUUCCAGCCCGUCUCAAGAAGGUAUUCAUUGUGGGCGCUCCUAUGUGGUUCCGAGUUCCCUACUCCAUCAUCAGCCUGCUGCUUAAAGAGAAACUCCGGGAAAGAGUCCAGAUGGUGAAGAUGUCUGAGUUGAAGGAGCACCUGCCCCAAGAGUGUCUCCCCGAGUACCUGGGUGGAUCCCUCAAACUGGAUCCCCUCAGCUGGAACUGCAGGUUCCUCCCACAGCAGAACGGCCACCCGGACCCCCUUGAUGAGCUGAUUCUGGUGCCACUGGCAUCCCCCCGGGACAACGGCUCGGUGCACACUCCGGGGCCAAAGGCCAUGACGGUGCAGGAGGUGCUGGAGCACGUCACCCAGAAGCAGAAGCGGGGCAUCUAUGAGGAGUACGAAGGCAUCCGGCGCAGGAGCCCAACGGGGACGUUUGCCUGCUCCUUGUCUCCCUUCAACCAGGAGAAGAACAGAUAUGGGGAUGUGCCAUGCCUUGACCAAACGAGGGUGAAGUUGUCCAAACAAUUCAGCUAUCCAGAGCUGACAGAUUACAUCAAUGCCAGUUUCAUGGAUGGCUACAAGCAGAGGAAUGCAUACAUUGGCACCCAAGGGCCGUUAGAGAACACCUAUGGUGACUUCUGGCGCAUGGUGUGGGAGCAAAAUGUGCUGGUGAUAGUCAUGACUACGAGGCUGGAAGAAGGAGGCAGACGGAAGUGUGGCCAAUACUGGCCAUUGGAGAAAGACUUCCAGGCUUGCUAUGGAAACCUGACGGUCACCAAUCUGGGAAUGGAGAACCUCAACCAUUACAAGAAAACCAUUCUGGAGAUCUACAACUUUGAGAGCCGCGAGAGGCGCCUGGUGACCCACUUCCAGUAUGUGAGCUGGCCUGACUAUGGCGUCCCGACCUCGGCAGCAACUCUCAUCGACUUCCUGGGGGCUGUCAAACAUCAGCAGAGGGUGGCUGUCAGCGCCUUGGGGCCACGCUACAAAGGCCAUCCUGGUGGGCCCCCCCUUGUGGUGCAUUGCAGCGCUGGCAUUGGCAGGACAGGUACCUUCUGCGCUCUGGACAUCUGCCUGUCUCAGCUGCAGGACGUGGGCACACUGAACGUGCAGCAGACAGUGGUGCGGAUGAGGAUGCAGCGAGCUUUCAGCAUCCAGACCCCUGAGCAGUACUACUUCUGCUACUUGGCCAUCAUUGAACAUGCGCAGAGAGAGAACCUGCUCCCUUCCUCCUACGCCUGGGCAGGGAAGGAAAAGAGCUAAUAGGAAUCCUGGCUCAGUGGCCACAGAGCAGCAGGGACCAGGCCAAACCCUGUUUCCUCCCUUCCUCCCUCUUGACCAAACCAGAUUUGUCGGCAUCUUCCGAUGCAGCAUUACCCAGAACACUGAUGUGAGCCAAUUUUUCUGCCACUGAGGUUAUCAGAAACUUUCUGUUUGACUAGCUGGCUAGCUCAAGUCGCAACUAGUAGCCAUGGGCUAUGAAGGCUUGCAUUCUCCAGGACUAGCACCCUUGAUUGAACUGUGCCUUAUGAAACAAAGAACAAACCAAACUUCCGGCCCUGACUUGCCACUGGAGGCAAACAGGGAGAAGAUGGAACUCGUUGCCAUCUCAGCGUCCUCCACCUUCUGGAGACGGAGGGGCUGCUGCUUCCCUGGUUCUGAUGCGGAGGGAAUCCUUUCCAGUUAUAUCCAAGGCUUCCGUCUUGCCCGCCACUGAAUCUAGCUGUUUCCUUGUCUGUAUGUACUUAAUACGCACUCCUCGUUCAAAGAUGUAGCCAGUAUUCCCUUUGCAUAGAUAAGAUGCAGAGUCCUAAUAUCUUACAGGGACCUUUUGUAUUGAGUGGCAGCGUCCGUGUUAUGAAUUACUUUAAUGGUUCUUGUCUGCCCAGCCUGCCCAAGGUUGGUCUUGCCCACUGUGCCAUCCCAGUUCACCCACUGAUGUAGCUUCAGCAUACACACACUUGCAAGGGCACACCUGUUGUGCAGACAGCGUACAGGCAGCGUGCAAGUUGUGAUGUUGUAUCACACAAAUGCCAUGGUGCCUGGUGUGUGUGUGUGUCCAUGUGAUGUUGCCACAGCACCCUUAACCUGCAAGGAUCCUCUGUGCUACAACUCAAUGGGAUUCUUCUCCUCCACCUUCACCUUUGUAUCUUAAGCCUGCAGAAAAGGUUAUUAGCUGGGUUACAGAUCUGUGGGUCUCUUUUCCUGCGAUGUGGGGCGGGGUAUGUGAAACCCACUUGCAGUUCUGCCGCUUGCCAGGAAUUGCUAGGCAGUUGUUGGUACGAAGGAUUCAGCAGGGGGCGGUGUGGGUGUGAGUGGUCAAAUAAGUGGGGCUUAAGCCCCAAACAUCUGGGAGAAGAGAGGUAGAGGAGGAGACUUGAUAUCGGGCCUCAGAGCUGUUCUCUUCCACAGCCCCUCCUCUCCGGCAAAACCUUGAAAGCCAAUUUUGUUUAAGUGGGAGAAUUACUGCUCUCUACAUCCAGUUCUUUCUCCUUGCGCAGCCUGCCAGUGACAAGACUGGGAGCUCCUGUUUUCUUAAAGCCGGCUGACAGACACCCUCCACACCAGGGGAGGGCAUCUGAGCUGCCCUCAGUAACUUUAGACUGGAAUAAGCUCUUUUGAAUGUGCAUUUUUUAUUUUUUACAAUCUUUCUUUCUUUCUUUCUUUCUUUCUUUCUUUCUUUCUCUUUCUUUCUUUCUUUCUCUCCCUCUCUUUCUCAGUUUUGUAUUUAACAUUAACUUGAUCAAGUCUGAAUUGGAGAUAACUGUAAAUGUACCUAUUUGCUAUUGUAUGGCAAUUUCCCUCUCUCUUUUGUAUUUGCAAAUAAAUAUACCUACAACCCA